GUUUUUGUCUUUUCUUCAGCGUGGUAAAAGUUCUCUGAUAAAAAUGUAAACAUGGUGCAGGAAAAAGUGGAAGAGACUUCUGAGGCCCAAGAAGCCUCUGUGAGUGAAGAUGUGCAGGAAAUUGAAGAUGUUAAGGCUUACAUUGCGGAAGUGCAGAAUCGGAUUGCUGCGAAAAGUGCCCUGAGGACCGAGAAUACGGGCAGUGUUCGUCCCUCUGAGGAAUUCUUCUUCAAGCUCGAUUCCAAUGUGAAGAAGAAUACGGCUUUUGUGAAGAAAUUGAAACAAUUCACAGCUGCCCAGUUGGAAUCCCUGUCCAAGGAUAUGUCUGGACUGAAUUUGACCAAGUACAUCUCGGAGAUUUGUGCUGCAAUUGUCGAGGCAAAGCUCAAGACAACCGAUGUCACUGCAAUGGUCACACUCUGCAGCAAACUCCAUCAGCUUUAUGGGGAAUUCUCACAGCUCUUCUUUGAGCACUGGCAGAAGAUUCUCAAUAUCAAAGCUACGGAUAAAUUGGUGAAUCCGAGCAAAAUGAGAGUUGACUUGAGGCUAUUUGCUGAGUUGGUCAGUGUGGGGAUUUUUUCCAAUAAAAGUGGCCUGGCUUUGUUGGGGAAUGUCCUGGUGUCGCUGAUUCAGCAGGAUCGGGAGGAAUUUGCCAAUCUUUCGAUUAUAUUGUCCUUUUGCAAGAAUUGCGGAGAGGAGUAUGCAGGAUUGGUGAGUAAGAGGAUCAGUGAUCUGGCUGAGAAGCACAAGAUGGUCCUUCCAACAUCGACUCUGCUGCUUCCGGACAAGCAGCAGAAUCUCCGGAACUUGCUGAGGGAUUACUAUACUGCGCUCAAGGGGCACGUGAAGGAGCGUCAUAAGGAACUGGUGGCCAUGGAGAGGACCUGCCAGAAUGCCUUGUCGUCCAAGGGAGAAGUGUCCAAUGCACGCCGGGAGAAACUUGAAUUUAUGCAAUCGUCCUUCGAAAAGCUCCUUUCCUCUACUCAAACCCUCUCAGACUUGCUCAAUGAACCCCUUCCGGAGCUGCCUAAGCAAUCUGAGGAGUCCUCAGGAGGGAUCAUCUUCGAGUGUGCAGAUCCAGGAACUGAGGGACUGGAUCCUUGGGGUGAUGAGGAGACCAAGAGCUUCUACGUUGAUCUUCCGGAUUUGCGACUCUUCCUGCCAAAUUUCGCCCCAAAACUGCCCUCAAUCGUUCCCGAGGAGCCUCAGAUGACCGAAGAAGUCCUGGACAUGGACAUAGAACCCGAUCAAUUGGCUGUAGAAGAGCCUCCGCUAGACACUGACAUCCCAGCUCCGUCCACGCCUGAGCCCCCUCCAGAAGAGCCCCUGCCCAAAAUCUCAGCUCCCCAUCCUGCCCAGAGUACCAAGCAUCAGUUCGAGACAUUCACGCACAAUCUCAUGAACUGCGUCAACAAGGAACUCAUCGACUCCGCAGCCAUUGAGUUCCUCCUGCAUCUCAACACAAAAAGCAACCGCAAGAAACUGGCCAAAGUCCUCUUUGGCGUCCAACGGACUCGCCUAGAUCUCCUUCCAAUGUUUGCCCGUUUCGUGGCCACAGUCAACAUUGUGUCUCCGGACGUGGCCACAGACCUAGCUCUGCUCCUCAAAAAUGACUUCCGCUACCACGUUCUCAAGAAGGAUCAGAUCAAUAUUGAGAGCAAGAUCAAGGUGGUGCGUUUCAUUGGGGAACUCACAAAAUUCGGCAUGUACUCGAAGAUUGAAGCUCUGUACUGCCUCAAGUUCCUCCUGCAUGACUUCCAGCAUCACAACAUUGAGAUGGCAUGUGCCUUCCUGGAAGUCUGCGGCACGUAUCUCUACAACUGCACAGAGAGUCGGCUCAGGACCAAUGUCUACCUGGAGCAGAUGAUGCGCCUCAAGGUGGUCACUGCACUGGAUUCCAGGCAUUCGGCACAGAUCGAAAGUGUGUACUACCUGGUGAAGCCACCAGAGGGUGUUGGCAUCGUGCGGAAACAGAGACCUCCGAUGCAGAUGUACAUCCGGUAUUUGGUAUUUGAGGCUCUCAAUAAGUCCAAUGUGGACAAGAUCAUCAAGAUGAUGCGGAGGAUCAACUGGGACGACAAAGAGAUCAGUGAUUAUGCCAUAAGAUGCUUAUCCAAAGCCUACAACAUCCGAUAUCAUCUGAUUCGCUGCCUGGCAGAUUUAGUCGCGGGUUUGAGCUCCUACCAAGACAAAGCGAUGGCAAAGGUCAUUGAUUGUGUUUUUGAGGACAUUCGGGCUGGUCUGGAGAUCCAUUCGCCCAAAUUAGCCCAAAGACGCAUCGCCAUGGCCAAGUAUCUGGGUGAACUGUACAAUUAUCGCCUGAUCGAUAGCCACAAUGUCCUCAAUACUCUCUACUCGAUCAUUUCACUGGGAGUAUCAAUGGACCAUUCUGUGGUGUCCGUUAUGGAUCCCCCGGGAAGUUUGUUCAGGCUGAAGUUGGCCUGUGUCCUUCUGGACUCUUGUGGGCAGUACUUCAAUAGUUCCAGUCGCAAGGGUCUGGAUUACUUCUUGCUCUUCUUUCAGCAGUAUUUCUGGUUCAAGAAGAGUGAUCCUGUUUUUGAGACAGACACCAGCGGAGAUUUAUUUCCAAUUCUCGUGGAGCACAUGUACAGGGAUUGCUUUGCCAAUGUCAGGCCAAAGCUGAAGCUUUUUACGUCCUAUGAACAGGCCAAGGAGGCUGUGGAGAAGCUUAAGCUGGAGCUGUAUCCGACGCUGCAUAGCAAUGAACUGAGUGAGAGUGCAGAGAGUGAAUUGGAGGUGAUCAAUGAGGGAGACAGUGAUAAUGAAAAUACUGCUGAGGAGACUUCAGAGGCUGUGGCAGAUUCUGAUGAUGAUACUGAACGUCGCAGUCGGGAGGCGACUGAAGAAUUGGAUGGGGAUCAGGAGGGAGAUGGUGAGCAAAUGGAGGAAAUGGAAGUGCAGGAAGAGGGAAGGAAGACGCCGGAGAAGACUCAGGAAGAUUUGGAAUUUGAACAGGCUUUCGAGAGGAUGGCUAUGGAUAGCUAUCAAGAACGGCUCAGGGAUCCAGCAAAGCCCAGCACGAAGGACAUUCCCGUGCCGAUGAUGGCGAAAACCGGGAAGAAGACUUAUGAGCAGUUGAGUAUGCAGGAACAGCAGCCAAAAGAGGAUGAUACAGUGUCUUUUGUGCUGAUGAUGCGCGGGAAUAAGGCGGGAAAGCAGCAAUUUAGGACAUUUGCCGCUCCGGCUGACAGUCACUUGGCUAAGAAUCUGAAGCUGCAGGAACAGAAGAUUCGGGAGGAGAAUGAGAAAGUUAAAAGGUUGACACUCAACAUCACUGAGAGAAUUGAGGAGGAAGACUAUCAAGAGUCUCUGCUUCAGUCUCAACGCUGUGCUGCCCAGAAUCGUCAGCAGAAAUCGGCAAAACCCCAAAAAUUCAAACAUCAGAAAGGUGCUCCGGACGCAGAUUUGAUUUUCAGUUAGAGAAUUCGUAAAAUAAAAUCUAUCGCGGCAAAAAAAUU